AUGGCGCCCUCGGAUGAUUUCGAGCAGGAGGCCGGUCUCGGCAGGCGACUCUACACCAAGCCGCACUCAGGCAGGCACCCGAUCCCUACAAUCCACAGCUACCGCGAGCACAGGAAGGAGCUCGAGAGCCAACAGCAACAAACGGAAGCUGCUCAGCACGGACCAGAGGACGACUCCAGACCGAGGCGGGCCUACGAAUCGGUAAAGGCCAUCUUCAGGGACGAAGACAAACUUCAUUCAGAACACGAUCCAUACCCAUCGACGAACAGGCACCGAGCAGACAGGCCAAGGAAUGAGAGCCCUAAUGGAAAUUAUGACCAUGGAGGUCAUGAAGAUGACCGUGCGGUCGACCAGGAUGACAAGGGGGGCGUGGACGGUAAUCACAAGGAUAAGGACGAAUCCAGCAACGGCCAUGGCCACCAUCAUGGCAGUCUCAAGACACAUGGCAAGCGAAACAAGCAGGGAAAGCCGGAAAAGUCGGCGACAGAGGCUGCUGCAGGUGCCCUGGACCCCAAGGAGAAGCGCAAGGUGAUGAAGAAGACCAAGAGGCUGGGCGGCGGCCGAGAGGUCACAGAUCCGAUCACGCAUCUCCCCAUCAUCAUACACGACAGAACGGAGAAGGACUUGGAAUCAGCUGCGGGCAACGAUCUACAACCAGGACUCUCACAUUAUACAUCAACCGGCGAAAAGUCGGAAGAGGAGCUAGAGGAUGAGCGUGACGUGUCUCAGCGUGGUUACAAUGGCAUGCAGGCCCUGUUCCCCCCGCCAGACUUUGACCAUCUCAAACAAGAGCUGGAAAAGAUACACGAGCGGGCCAUGAUUGUGGGCCUGGCUGUGACUUCAUGUUUAACGGCGUUCCUGGUGUUCUUCUUGACGUCUAAAUCACCCGAAGAGAGCCCCAACAGCUUCCUCGGAACCGUGUAUCGGAUCGUUUCCAACACUGCGGGUAUGGCCGUCUUUGGAGGUCUGGUAGCUGCGGCCGUUGUUGGUACUGGUAACUGGAUGCGCCACAGGGUCUCGGCGCUGUUUGACGACGAGAGCUGGGAUGCAGCAAAACGUGAAGAGGGCGCCGUGGUUAAUUCGGAAGAAGAACUACCGGAAUCUGUUCAAUGGCUCAACAGCAUGGUAGCCUCGAUAUGGCCCCUUAUCAACCCGGAUCUGUUUGCUUCAAUGAUAGAUAUGAUCGAGGAUGUCAUGCAGGCCUCUCUGCCCAAGGUCAUCAAGAUGGUCAGCGUCGACGACAUGGGUCAAGGAAGCGAAUCGGUCCGAAUCCUAGGCAUAAGGUGGCUACCCACGGGCGCAGCUAGUCAUUCCGUGUCCGCCGACGGCAAGAUUGAGCAGUCUGGAGAAGGCUCACGAGAUGGGUCGAAACGCAACUCCCAGACCGACAUUCCCAACGCCGAUGGCGAAGAAAACAUUGAGAGGAAGGAUCACAACGGGAGACGUGACGGGGAAGGUGAAUUGGAUGGUCCGGACGCGCUCACAAAGCAUGAAGAGUCAAGUCCAUCCGCCAUCAGGACGGGCAUGAUGGCCGAGGAGGGCGACUUUAUCAACCUGGAGCUCGCUGUGGCCUAUCGUAGCCGCUCUUCUGGCAAAUCCAUCAAGUCAAAAUCCAAGAACGCCCAUUUGUAUCUCAAGUUUUACCUCCCUGGAGGCGUGGCCGUGCCCGUCUGGGUGGAAGUCAGGGGAUUCAUCGCUACCCUGAGGCUUCGCUUGCAGCUCACGCCCGACCCGCCGUUCAUCGACCUCUGCACCAUGACGUUCCUUGGCCAGCCCAAGGCGAGUCUGUCCUGCGUGCCGCUUUCGAAGCACAACCUCAACAUCAUGGACGUGCCCCUGAUCUCGUCGUUUGUGCAGUCGGCCAUAGACGCUGCCAUGGCAGAAUAUGUGGCACCAAAGAGCCUUACCCUGAACCUGAAGGACAUGCUCGUGGGCGAAGAUUGGAAGAAGGACACGACGGCACGCGGUGUGGUCUGGAUCUUUAUCAAGCAGGCCCGCGGCUUCAGGCAAGGUGAUGUCGGAUUGGGCCCCUUUAGCGAGUCGACAUCUGACGCGUACGUGACGGUGUCUUGGGGCAAGUUUGGUAAGCCUGUGUCGGCAACGCGAAUCGUGGAAAAAGAGCGGAACCCCGAUUGGCACGAAUGGGCCUCCAUCCUCGUCACGCCCGAGGAGCUCAAUGCAGAAGAGAAGUUGCGCUUGCAACUCUGGGACUCUGAUAGAUGGACGGCCGAUGACGAUCUUGGAAGGGUAGAUCUGGACUUGAAGUAUCUCAUGACCAACGAGGAGACCAUGAACCGGAUGCAGGAUCGGGAGGACAGAUUCUGCGGCGAAGACUCGGAGGAGCAGGUGCCCGGCACGCUGACCUGGUCCGUUGGAUAUUUCGCCAAGACUCGCAUCACAGACAAGAUCCUCGAGAAGCAAACCUACAACCCCGAGAUCAAGUCCAAGGCUCAACUCAAAGAGCAUGUGUCAAAAAUCGCAGAGCACAAGCUUCGCGAGUCGGACAAGACGCCGGAAGACAGCGAAGUCAAGCAGCAGAAGGCCCAGGACUACAAGGAGAUUGAGGAUAACAUGAUAAUAUCUGCACCUCCAUCCGAGGAAUACCCCUCGGGGAUUCUCAGCAUACAGAUACACAACAUCACUGGCCUUGAGGUGCAGCGACUGAACAAGAAGGACAGGAACACAAUCGGCGAAUACGCCGAGGAAUCGGAGCACGAAGACGACAUGCCUGACAGCUACUGCACCAUCAUAGUUAAUCACAGGAAGGUGUACAAGACGCGCACCAAGCCGAAGAACUCGAAGCCCUUUUUCAACGCUGGGACGGAGCGUUUCGUCAAGGACUGGCGCACCGCUGAGGUCAUGAUAUCGGUGCGGGACUCGCGUGAGCGGGAGAACGACCCGCUCAUCGGCCUCAUCUUCCUACCUCUCGCCAAGGUCUUUGCAAAACGCACUCAACUACACGAAGACUUUCCUCUGGUUGGCGGAAUCGGUUACGGCAGGGCGAGGGUCAGCUUGGUGUGGCGUAGCGUCGAGCUGAAGCUGCCAAGGAAUCUCUUGGGAUGGAACUACGGCACCAUUGAGAUUAAGGAUGGCGUCAGAUCCAAAGUCUACGGGGCUCUGCCUGCCGACAUACGCAAGAAUCGCAUCAAGGUCCGGACGAAUAUGGACAGGAUCAAGCUCUACCCCCGUGGUGGCAAGAAAGGGCACAACGGAUCCGACGGUCGUCCCGGAGAGUGGAAGCCCAAAGAGAAGAAGCAUCGGGACGGUGCGUUCCUCCCCGUUCGCAGGCGUUAUGCCUCAUGUCUCGUCAUCGAGUUUCGAGAAGACGGGCUCAUCGCCAACAGCACUGCAGCAUUCGCAGUGCUGUGGCUCCAUGACCUUGUGGAUGAGGAGGAGCAGGAGGUCACGCUCAAGGUAUGGCGGGGCUCAAAGGAUGCUCUCAAGCGAGCCGAAUCUUGCUGCGACUACGAUGGAAUGCACGACGAAGAAACCCACCUGGGCGAGGUUGUCAUGACGGUGAGGUUCUGGCGCGGCCUUUCGGGCUUCCACAAGAGUUACGCCUCCAAGUCCAAGAACACAGACAUGCGCAAUGUGAUGGAGUGUCUAGACACCAUCACAGACGAGGGCCUGCGCGACGUUGAGGGCGACGAGGGCGACGACUCGGACGAUAGUGACAGCAGUGACGACGAAGGUGUUCAAGAGCAGGGGGAGAACAGCAAUCAGGACGACAAGGAGACCGCCGAGGAAAGAGAGACGCGCAAAAAGCUUCAGACGCACGCCAACGACUCGGAGUCUGAAAAUCCUGACAGCGAUGACGACGACAAUGACAGGCUCAACAGGUCCAGGCAGUCUCAAAAGCUCUCGCUCUCCCGAUUCAAGAAGAUCAAGACCAUCUUCAGGUCACCAGUGAAUGGCGGCACGGACGCGGCGCUCAGCGUCGUGGCGCCGGGCCACAACUCGCCCGACGAUCCGAACACCGGGCUGAGGGGUCAGCUGCGGGAGUACAAGGACCACCAUCGGUCGCUGCACAGGAAGCAUCGGGGUGUGAUGCAAUGGCGGGUGAUCAGAGAGGCGGACCACGUCGGGAGCAAGUUCAGCAGGCUCAAGGGCACUGUUCAGGGGGCUUUCAAGCAUGGAGACAAGCACAUUGGGAUCGAGACUGAAGUUUAA